CAGCGUCUAUUGUGUCUAUUUUUGGGUUGAAUGAACAUUACCGGGCCAUUCAGGGAGUGUUGAUUGUUCCAUGACUCCGUUUAAGCCCAGACAUUGUCAUCAUGUCUGACUCCAUCGAUCUUCGUCAUAACGGUACCGCGGCCAAAAGGGUCUAUAACCACAAGUCCAAAUGGGCCUACGGUGGCCGAGCGGCGCUCCCGCAUCACGAGGUCUCUCUGUCUGACCCAGUGACUCGUCCCGCGGCGCCUCAGAGUCACUCCCUGAAGUAUUCCCGUCUCUUGCAGCUCGACCGAAAGGCCAAGUCCAACCAGCUGGCUACCACCGCCAAGUUCACCCUGCGACACGACAUUCGGGAGGCCCUUGACAGCGGCCCAUCCGACUCCUCCGCGGCGGAAGAUGUUGAUGAACCCUCAGCCGCAAAGGAUCUUCCAGGACACCUUCAGGAGGAAGCUCUGUUCGAGCCAUACCAAGUGUCGGGACAGACAAUUCUCUCUGAUGCGAUAAGCAAGGCAGUAGAGAAAUUCGAGACACGAGAAACCGAGAAGCUUGUCGAGGAAUACGAAAUCAUCACCCGGGAGGGUGAGAUUGCUACGGGCUACCUCGCCGAUGAUGAUUUCGAGUUAGUCGACCAUGAUCACGCAAAGCUGUGAAUAUCCUGAUGUUGUAUACUUGUCUUGUUUCUAUCUUGCGAUACUUCUUAGGCCCACAAGCCUCGGUUAUGGAGUUGAUUAGAAUUCGCCCUUUUCUCCUCGGUGGUUGUUUCAGUAUCUUCUCGGCGCAGUCGUUCUUCUACCCAAGAUUUUUGUUUUUGUACUUUUGGCACCAGUGAUGAUGGGUUACGACCUAGAUCCUAUUUUUAGACUGCUUAUCCUCAUACCCUUAGUUUGAUAUUUCGAUAUUCUAUUCGUGUGAAUACGUGAUGACCAUGAACAAAUCAACCUUUGUUUUUAUUUUCUACCGAUGCUACGUAUCGAGUAGUAAGAUACUAUUGAAGAAUAAAAGAAAGACAGUGUAUAGAUUUC